GCAAACAGGCAGCACAAAGAGGAUCCAGCAGCUUCCUGAAACUCAGGAGUGGACACUACAGCUUUGACCACCUAAGGCACCACUCCUGCUCCAAAGCUUGUAACUCCAUUUGUCAUUCUGAGGUCUCUGCUUAUCCUGUACCCCAAGGAUGGAACCAGUGCUAGGAGUAAAAAUUGGCUGCCUAUUUGCCCUGCUGGUUCUCACGCUGGUCUGUGGCCUUAUUCCCAUCUGCUUCAAAUGGUUCCAGAUGGAGGCAGCCAGAGGUCGUCACCGCCAGGUCCUCAGCCUCCUGGGCUGCAUUUCUGCCGGUAUUUUCCUGGGAGCAGGAUUCAUGCACAUGACUGCUGAAGCCCUGGAGGGAAUUGAGUCGGAGAUCCAGAAGAUCGUGAUGCAGAACAGGACAGAGAGUGGGGGAAAUUCUUCUGGAGAUGCCAAUUCAGAUUAUACGGACUAUCCCUAUGGAGAGCUCAUCAUCUCCCUGGGCUUCUUCUCCGUCUUCUUUUUGGAGUCGCUGGCAUUGCAGUGCUGUCCUGGAGCCCAUGGAGGAUCAAAAGUGCAGGAGGAGGAAGUGGGUGGGGCUCAUGUCCUUGGACUCCACAGCCAUGGACCUCUACCCUCACCCUCACAGAGUCCCUUUCGAGCCCUCAUCCUUUUGCUCUCUCUCUCCUUCCACUCGGUGUUCGAAGGUCUGGCUGUGGGGCUGCAGACAACAGUAGUAGCCACCGUGCAGCUCUGUCUUGCUGUCCUGGCUCACAAGGGGCUCAUAGUGUUUGGUGUAGGACUGCGGCUGGUGCAGGUCGGCACUGCGUCACGAUGGGCUGUGUUCUGCAUACUGUCAUUUGCUCUCAUGUCCCCCCUGGGUGUAGCCCUGGGGCUGGCUGUUGCUGGAGGGGACUCAGAAGGGGGCCGAGGCUUAGCCCAGGCUGUGUUAGAGGGUGUGGCAGCUGGCACCUUCUUGUAUGUCACCUUCCUAGAAAUUCUGCCCAGAGAGCUAGCUGGUCCUGAGGCCCCUCUGGUCAAGUGGGGCUGUGUAGCCGCUGGCUUUGCCUUCAUGGCCUUAAUUGCCUUGUGGGCCUGAGAGAUUCCUGACUUUUCUGAUGGACCCAUCUAGAAUAAUGUCCCUACCUCCAGGAGACACCUCCCAAAAGGCUUUGGUCCUCAGACAUUUCUCCACUGAGACUAAGUGGCAUUCACUAGGCAUCAUCCCCAUGAACUGGAUCCCAGCCUCUCCUACGUGAGAUCCCAUUGCUCAUCCAGGACUGAGAAAGGGACGCUUAUUUUAGGUUGAGUGCCUUUACUUUGGAGAGUUGAUAUAAAGACCAUCACUGCA